ACCAUUAACAUAUAUAACUGUAAUCGUCCAAGUUCAUCUAUCCUUCAAUCAAUACUCGAAUACUAUCUGCUGAGAUCAAUUUUCUAACAAAAAAUUGCACCACAUCUCUAUUUUGCGAAGAAUUUACCGUUCUUUUUUUUUUUUUUUUAUUUUUUUUUUUUUUAUUUUUUGUGUUGGAGUAACUGAAAACUGAAAUUGCUGAAAUAUUUUCUCUCUCAUCCAAGGACAAUCCUCUAUAAGUGCUUUAAGGCUAUGGCGAGAACAGCUGAAGUAGUGAAGAAGUUUUUUGUUGCCUCAAUAUUUAUGUGGAUUCUUCCGGUUGCUAUUGUAUAUGGCUUUCAAAACAAUAUGUUUCCAGGAAUAUCACAGCUUUCCCCUAAUCAUCAGACUCUAGUGGGUGGUUUUCUGGCUGUGUUUUCUGUCAAUGUGGUAAUUGCAUUUUACAUAUACUUGGCAAUGAAAGAGCCUUCGGAUAAGCACGAGCCAGAUCCAACAUUUGUUGCCCAGGCUAAAGCAAGUAUGAACCAAACCAAAUCGGGGAGUGGAGAAAAAGAGGAGUAGGACUUGUUGGAUGAGCAACCAGCCCAAAAUUCAUACCUGCCAAUCAUCAUCUGAUAAAGGGCAAAGGCUAUAGAGGAUUACACUAUCAAUGAGGUAAACAUACAUUUGCAUUGUAGCAACCGGCAAGACACAAGCGGUGAACUAGGUUUUUAGCUUAAAUUGCUCCACUAGAUUGCUCCAUGUUUUACUAACCUUACCUGAUCCUUGAUUGGAAUUUAUUUGUAAAACAACCUGAAUUUGAGUUGUAACUUGUACCAAAGGAUCAAUGUUUGGGAGAUGUUUUAUUAUAAUACAUAUAGUUUUAAGAUUCAGUUUCCUUCACAAAUAACAUUAACAAUAUGUAAUACGGUUUAUUGGAUAUAUUCAAGUCUAUGGGUUCUACUUUAA